UUACUUGCCUUUUGUGUUAGAGAUCUUGCCAAAUACCUCAUGGUUUUGACAUGACGAACUCGUACAGUGUAUGUACUAAUUCUCUGUAACAUAUAAUGUAGACAUUAGAAAUAGUUCCGUUUCUUCUAGACAAAGUACUUCUGUAUUUAAUGGUCAUUUAGUUUUAGUUAUUUGGUGUAAAACGCUAAUAGAUUUUAAUGUAAUAUAACAUCAGUCUUGCUUUGUGGAUCAUUAAAGGACUUUGUUUUACAUUUAAAUAAAAAAAUACGUCGGCCAAAUUAAACACGAAUACUUUAGAGUGUGUACUUAAUGCUUUAAGAGCUUUAAAAUACUUGAAUUCGGCAAGUGAUAUUUUAUUAAACUGGCGGAAGCUGAAGACGCGCAAACACUCAAAUAAGUUCAAGUGACGCUAUUGAGACGGACUCCAAAAUAUGUUUUCCAAAAAAAUUCAUGUUUGGCGUGGCCACAGCUGCUUAUCAAAUAGAGGGCGCUUGGAAUGUAUCCGGCAAAGGAGAGAGUAUUUGGGAUAGAUACACUCACACGCACCCCGAGCGCAUAUUCGAUCACAAAACUGGAGACGUCGCUGCCGACUCCUACCACAAUUUCCCUCGGGAUGUGGAACUCAUGGCGCAACUUGGUGUUCAGUUCUAUCGCUUCUCUAUAUCUUGGCCGAGGAUUAUGCCAAAUGGACUUACCAACGAAGUUAAUGAAGAUGGAAUCAGGUACUACAAUGACCUGCUAGAGGAGCUCUUUCGUAACGGUAUCAUGCCAAUAGUGACCAUGUAUCAUUGGGAUCUACCACAGAGUUUGCAGGAUUUGGGCGGUUGGACGAAUCCUAUUAUAAUAGAUUACUUCGUGGAUUAUGCAAGAGUUCUAUUCGAAGCUUUCGGGGACAAAGUUAAAAUGUGGAUCACUGUAAAUGAGCCACUAUCAUUCUGUGAGGAUGGAUAUGGUGGGAAUGACGCCCCGGGGACAAGAAGCACUGGGUUCGAAGACUAUCUCUGCGGACACAAUGUACUGAUAGCACAUGGCAGUGUCUACAGAAUGUAUCAAGAGGAAUAUGUUAAGAAACAAAAAGGUUUGGUUGGAAUAACAAUAGACUUUAGAUGGAUCGAGCCAGCUUCGACGUCAGAUGAAGAUCAACGCGCUGCAGAAGUCAUACGACAAUUUACGUUUGGCUGGUUUGCACACCCAAUCUUCUCUCUAACAGGGGACUAUCCGCCGAUUAUGCGCAAACGCAUCGACAUUAUAUCCAAACGACAACACUUCCAUCGAUCCCGCCUACCCGUAUUUACACCAGAAGAGAUCGAAAUUAUUAGAGGAUCAGCUGAUUUCCUUGGUUUAAACCAUUAUACGACAUCCUUGGCUGUUUAUAGCGAAACUAAAAUUACUCCACAGCCAUCAUUUUAUACCGAUAUGGGUGGAAUAUUAAAGGACAAACCGGAUUGGCCUAAAAGCAAUUCUACAUGGUUGAAGGUUGUCCCUUGGGGCUUUAGAAAAGCCUUAAACUGGAUCAAGUACACCUAUAAUAAUCCUCUGGUGUUGGUUACUGAAAACGGCAUGUCUCUUGAACCAGGAUUGCAGGAUACAAGACGUGUUAACUACAUUGAUGGUUAUCUAAAGGCCCUACACACUGCGAUAGUUAAAGACAAAUGUAAUGUAAUUGGUUAUACUUAUUGGAGUCUUAUUGAUAAUUUUGAAUGGACUAGAGGAUUCUCAGAACGCUUCGGCCUCUACGAACUAGAUUACGAUUCUCCGAAUAAAACUCGAACGGCUCGACUCUCAGCGGCAUAUUAUGGAAAAAUCGCGCGUACUAAAUGUAUACCUUCGUCUUGGUAUUUCGUGGACUAACUUGUCAAUACUAUAUAUUGUUUUUACUGAAACCAAUGUCGUCACUAAAAUUUUAUUUCACAUUGUUAUAACCAUACACAUUUUAUUUAUUUCGUGGUUUCAACAGAACUUAAGUAUGAACAAUAAAACAACGUUAGCCAUUGUCUGUGUUCACUAGAUGGCGCCACUGACAUUUGUAAAAAAAAUUGCAGUGCGCUAUACAUGAAUACAUGUUCAACUGUCUUCUAAUAAUACAAUAAUUUUUUUGCAUGUAUACAAAAUAUAUUUAUAUAUCAAGCUAAAAACUGUAUUUUACUAAUUAAAUUAGUCUAGCCGACAUAAUGUUCCAGCGAAGGUUAAAAAUAAACACAAAGCAACAAUAAAAUUCGUUUAAUUUGAAAAUCAUUCAUCUUCACUUACAACUAGGGAAUAUUAAUACAAAUUAAAUAUGAUUAUAAUUGCUCAACAAACGUUAAGAAUAUUUAUUAAUUAUGGCUACUUCACCAUAUUGCCAUAGAGCAUAGACAAUCAUUCAGAAAAAAACAGUGAGAUUAUGCCAGGCAUAAUCUUCAAUACGAAAUUCAUAGACAUAUAGAGCUAAAAUAAUGAACAUAAAUAAUAUAUCUGGUAUUGAAAAAUCACAAGUGGAUUACUGUAGUGACGUCUUGUCAUAUUAUAACCCAUUUAAAAAAAACAGGAUUAUAUAGGCACCGCAGUCCCAUUCAAUACAUUUACGGCCCCGUUUAACGUGCGUGUAAGUUAGAUAUUUUUGACAGUUACAUUCGAGAGAUGAAAACAAAAAUCUAACCCCUACAAU